GCCGGCACUAUGAAGAUGUCUCAAUAUUGACGUAGGAAAAGCCUAAGGCACAGCUUCGGCUACUCAAGGUCCGUUUCCUCUAGGGCAUCUCGGGUGAAUGCCCAGAAUAACUUGCCGCACACAUGAACUCCUCCAGAACCAAAUAAUGGAUCCUUUUGGAAAGUCAGAACGUUUCAUCUAGAAGCUGGCAGAAAUGCAUGCUCAUUCUGCUCUCACAGCGAGCUUUCGGUCGCAGACCACUCCUAUUUGGACUUGUCAUGACGUUGUAUAACGGCGAAGUCAUCCAAGCAGCCAGCUAGUUCCGAUUCGAAGAUCUGGGUGCUGUUGAGUGCGAUGGCUCUUCAGAAGUACCACAGGGGCAAAAGGCGUCGCCAUGGUUCUUCCGACAACGAACUUCAAAUCGAGGAAAUGUCCCCAGAUGACAUGGCAUACGAUGGUGAUACCGAAGUCUUGAGACCUGACCAGUAUGAAGAGGCCGACUCAGAUUUUGAAGAUGACCGAGCCUUGAGACGACUCUGGCCAGAUACAGACGAUGAGCUUGCUGGAAGGCUACGACGAUUGUCGUGCGAUGCGCGUGCCCGUACUCCCAAAAGACAGCAUGAUGGAAGUCGUGGACAGAAACGGCGUUCGAAAGACAUAGACUUCGAGCAGGAGACACCUCCACGAAAGCGAACGGAGAUCGAAGUGUCCGAGCUAGUUGAUGGCCAAACCGAACAACAACCGAUCAAGCGAAGGAAAAAGAGGACUCCGAAGCCUAGUAUGGCGCAUCGAGUUGCUAAGAAGAAGGUGACAGGAACCUGGACGGAUAGCUCAGAGAAAAGCGAUGACCAGGAUGCUGGUAUGGAGUCCUCGAACUCGGCAACAGCUGAUGUAUCUUCCACCCCAGCGCCUGGCAAUGCGAGCGAAGACGCCAUGGAUAUCGGAUGAGAGGAAGGACGAUCUACAAGUUUGCAUAUUGACUUUGGGCAGCCAUGAUGGGUUUGUCUGACAGGAACACUUGUGGCUCAUGAGAGGACCCUCCCAGAUUUGAAUGGAGGCCUGCCAUGAAUGCAAGAGGCAGUCUUGCAAUACUACGCGAACGUGCACCCAAAGAUCAAACUGCAUGGAGUUUCUCAUAUUCAUUAUGUCGGAGACCCAAUGGAGGUGCUGCUCAGACGCGCCUUGCAACUUAGGACACUAAAAAAUAUCAAAGAAAGAGGUCAUGUUCAUCCGUACA